AUGGACGCUAUCCGAUCAGUUUUCUGGAAGCCGAGCCCAGAAGAGCAGAAACGUAAAUGUAAUGCGCUUGUGCGCCAGAACGUCCGGAAACUUGAUCGCGACAUCCAGAACUUGAAACAAGCCGAGACCAAGACCAAGAACUACAUCCUUCAGGCGUCGAAGAGGGCGCAACGGAAUCCAUCCCAAGCGAAGCAGGCAGCCAGCGAGACACGUAUAUUUGCGCGAGAGUUGAUAAGAGUACGGAAGCAAAAUAACCGCUUGGCGACAUCCAAGGCCCAGCUGCAGUCGGUACAGAUGCAAGUGAAUGAGGCAUUCUCAGUACGGAAAAUCGAGGGAAGCAUCAAGGCAUCAACAGGGAUCAUGAAAGAUGUCAACUCGCUUGUACGACUGCCCGAGCUGACUGGUACAAUGAGAGAAUUGAGUCAAGAGCUGGUUCGGGCGGGGAUCAUCGAGGAGAUGGUUGGGGAUUCUCUACCAGACAGUGAGCUAUUAGAGGGCGAGGACGACGAGGCAGAAGCAGAGGUUGACAAGAUACUGGGAGAGAUCUUGAAAGACAAACUUCCUCCAUCAAUGCAGAAGCAAGAGGAGGAAUUGCCUGCACAACCUGUCGAGGAAGAGGAAGAAGAGGAUCAACAAGAGAUGCUCGCACAGAUGCGUGGACGAUUAGAAGCUCUUAAGAGUUGA